AUGGCCCAGAAGCGUCUUAUGCAGGAGCUACAGUCCCUUCAGAAGGAGAAAUGGGUGGACAUCACAACGGACGAAGCCAAUCUCCUCAAGUGGAGGAUCGGUCUGUGGGUGGUCAACCCUGACAGCGUUUGGCACGGAGCCUUCCUCAAGGCCGAGAUGAGAUUCCCGUCCGACUACCCGUAUCAACCACCGGCGUUCAAGUUCCUGACACCCAACAUCAUCCACCCAAACGUGUAUUCCGACGGCAACCUCUGCAUCUCCAUCCUCCACAAGCCCGGCGAAGACGAACAGUCCGGCGAACUGGCGAGCGAGCGAUGGAACGUCCUUCACGGUGUCGAGUCAGUCCUUCGAUCUGUCCUCCUCUUACUGGAUGACCCCGAGAUCAACUCAGCGGCCAACGUCGACGCCAGUGUGCUGUAUCGAGACAAGCGCGCCGAGUAUAACGCGCUGGCCAGGGCCACGGUGGCAGCGACUCAAAAGCAUAUCCCGGAGGGCGCGCAUAUGCCUACCAUGGCCGAACUGGCUCCAGCACCCAUGAAGCCCGUCGAGGAUGACUCGGACUUCUGGAACAUGUCAGACGAGGAGGAGGACUUUGGCGGGAGCGAUAGCGAUGAAAACUUGGAGGACUUUGAGGACGAAGAAGAGGAGGAUGAUGAGGAUGAUAAAUGA